AGAAGAAGAAGAAGACCCAUAAUACGCUGGUUGUCGACUGCAGAAGAAGAAGAAACUAGCAGAGAAGAAGCAAACAACAGACGUCUGAUUCCUACAAUGAGAGCAGGCAGACCCUCGACCUUGUAAUCCAGACCUGUGGCCGACAUUGAGCCUUGAGAGAGCAGCGUGGCUGCGAUCAUGUUUGCCAAGACAGCCCUGAGCAGGGGCAUCACUGCCCACCGCCUCUGUAAGAACGUCACUUUGUACCGGAAUGAACUGACGUCUCCGAGCGCCGGGAUCCAAAGUCAGACCCCCGAGGACCGUAAACCCCUCAUGUUGAUGCUGCCGUGGCUGGGAUCACGACCCCAAGCUGUGGCCAAAUACUGUGAGAUCUACUUUCGCACUGGCUUCGAUGUGCUUGUGGUGGAAAGUGAGGUGAAAGACUUCCUGUGGCCUCGCUGGGGUCUGGACCGUGGAAAAACAUUGCUGGCGUUGCUCCAGAGCGAGCCUCUGAUGUCCCGCCCCCUCGUCAUUCAUGCCUUCUCCAUUGGCGGCUACACCUUCACUCAGCUGCUGGUCCAUAUCUCCAGGGACAAACAGCAAUACAGCGCAGUGACAAACAGGAUCAAAGGUCAAGUCUAUGACAGCUUGGUGGUGGGCUCACUGGAGCACAUGGCCACAGGUCUUGGCAAAACUAUAUUUCCUCGUUUCGAGAGUCUGGUAAAACAAGCCAGCAUGCUGUACUUCAGCGUUUUUAAACGCCAUACGGUGGAUUACUUCAACGCCAGCAUCGAUGUUUUUUACAACACUCCCGUCCAAGCCCCGGCGCUGGUCUUCUUCUGCGAGAACGACAUGCUGAGUGACGCGCCGAGCGUGGAGAAACUGGUGGAUCACUGGCGGAAGCGUGGGAUUGAUAUAACGUCGAAGAAGUGGGAGGUCUCGACCCACGCCGGUCAUUUACGGAGACACCCGCAGGAAUAUCUGUCGACCUUAGACACGUUCCUGCAGUCACUUCAGAUCGUCCCGCUGAAGGCCAAGAUGUGAGCUGUUGUUAGGACAGGUUAAAUUCAAAGUACCUCAAAGUGGUUUUUGCUGUGGCAGGUUGCUUUUGCUGUUUUGGAAGCUAAACAAUUCAGGCUUUCCUCUCCAUGUAAUAGAUUGUGGUGCACUGCCACGGCAGAAUAAAAGCCACCACACCUUCGAAAUGACUUUUUUUUUCUUUUAUAUAUGUGUUAAAACAAUGUUUAACAUAUGAGAUACAAGUACACAUUUAUAUAUUUAUAGCCUAUAUGUGCAAACUUAUACUAGCCAUAAUCAGAGUUUGAAAUUAAUUUAAAUAUCAUGAAACGUUUAAAAUUGACUUUAUUUUGAAAAAACAACAUUGCCUGCUCCUUCCUGUCUGGCUGGCUAGCAGCUACUGUGUGGUGUGCUGCUCUCUGGAGUGAAGGAAAACUAGAGAUGACAGUCCAGUGUAACCAACUUUGUCGCUAUAUUUAGCAACUUUUCUGACCCCUCUAGUGACUUAUUUUGGAAAAAAAAAAA